AUGCGUAAUAGGACUAAAAAUAGUACGGCAGAGGCUUUAUCAACUUUAAGAAAAGUGAGGGAGGGAAAGAUUAGAGCUAUUGAUGUAUACUUAGUAGAGAAUGAGAAGAUUUAUGAUGAAGUAGAUGAAAUAGAGUAUCAAAAAAUUUGUGAAGAAAGGCGUAAGAGUGAUUUUGUAGUCGAUGAUGAUGGAAUUGGAUAUCAAGAUGAUGGUCAUGAUUUAUUAGAUAAUUACUAUCACAUACCUGAGCAAGAUUAUAAACAAAAUAGAAUUGAUGAGAAAAAAAAACGUAGAAAGAAUUAUGAAGACUAUAAAAUUACAGAACAAUCAAUAUUCAAGCAAUUUCAGGAUAUAUCUAUAUUUACUAAUAAAAAUAUAUCUAGCAAUAAGAGUAGUAGUAUAAAUCCUUGUAAAACUGAUGAUAUACUGAAUACAUUAGAGUCUUUUGAAGCAGAAUUAGAAAUUGAAGAGUUGGAAAAUAUACCAAAUGACUCCAAUGAUAUAGAUAAAAAAAUAAGAUAUGAUUUGGAAAUAUUAAAAGUAGAGGAUGAUGUGAAAACACCACUAGAUACGAGUCUACAAGGUGAUGACAAGUCUAUUAAAAUAAAGUGUUCAGAAGAACAAAAUAAUCAGCACAAAUUGAUUAAGGAGGACAAGGAAUAUGGUAAAUUAAAUGAUGAAACUAUAGAAAAAGAAUUUGAUACUUUCAACUUAGAUUAUAAUUUAGUAAUGCCUGAAUCAGACGAUACAAAGCAUGAAAAUGACAGUAUUAUAGAUAAUUCAAAUACAGAAACUUUUUUAGUGCAAGAAAAGAUUUCAUUUAUGAGUUUUAGAGAUAAUAAAUCAAAUGAAAUGGUUAAUAUAAUACCAAUAGAAGAUGUGAAUGAAUGUCUGAGUUUUUAUAUUGUGGAUAUUGCAGAAGAUUUCAAUUCAGGCGAGAUAUAUUUAUUUGGUAAAAUAUUUACUCAGAAUUUGAGUAAUAUGAGUAAUGAGCAAAUGGAACUUAAUGAAAGUGCUUGUAUUAUUAUCCAAAAUACUUAUAGAUCAUUGUAUAUAUACCCUAAAGAUGCAUAUCCAGAACAUCCAAAUCCAGUGGAUAUAUGUCAGUCAGUAGCAAAGGAAAUGAUUUCAAUAAGGAAGAAGUACAAUAUCCCCCAAAUAAAGAUGAAACCUGUUAUAAGAAAUUUUGCUUUUACUCAAUCUGGAGUAAAGUACGGUCCAAACCAGCCAUUUCUUAAAGUAUUAUACCCUAGUAAAAAUCCCAAUUUACCAAAUAAUAUAAAGGGUGAAACAUUUUCUCACAUAUUUGGUUUAAAUAAAUCCUUAGUAGAAAAUUUUAUUAUUAAAAGAAGAAUAAAAGGACCUUCUUGGUUAAAAAUAAUGAAACCCUAUAAAGUUGUAUCAGUUGGAGAUGGUCGAAGGUCUCAAUGCAAGGUUGAGAUCCAUGUAUCCACCUGGAAAAAUAUUAGAAUAUGGAAUGCUCUAAUUAGUAAGAAAUUACUGAUCAAUAAAAAUACUGAGAUAUUGGAUGAUUGUAAUGUGGACUCGAAAGCUAUUAGUAAUAAUUUAAAUGAUAUUAAUGGAGACGAUAGUACAACAAAUUAUGAUGAUGGCCCUAUUCCUAAUUCACCUCCCUUGACAUUAGUAUCAAUAAAAGUUCAAUGUGGUAGACAAGGGAACUCUACAGUAUCAGAGAUUUAUAGUAUAUCAAUAGUUGCUUUAAGAAAUCAGAAUAUAGAUGAAUUAUGUUGGGAUGAAUUUAAUGUUGAUAAUAUUUUGCAAAAUAAAUCCUGUAAACAUUAUUGUAUAUAUCCCUGGGUUGGGAUAAGAAGAUAUAAUAUAAAUACUCCAUUUCCUAUUAAUGUUGAAGAGUACAUGAAUAAAUCAGGGAUAUAUUACUAUUCCUCUGAAAAGUCUUUAUUAUUAGCUUUUGUAAUGGCAAUUUCUCAACUAGACCCAGAUAUUAUUAUAGGUCAUAAUAUAUGGAAUGAGCAUUUGGAUAUUCUAUGUAAUAGAUUGUUAACUUUGAAUACCCCUAAUAUUUGGAAAUUAGGAAAAUUGAAUGUAUUUGGAUCUUCUUUAGGUAGCUCUUUUAAACAGUCAUUGCAAAAGUUACCUUCUGGAAUUAAAAGAAUACAAGCAUUAUUGACUGGACGUCUUAUUUGUGAUACUUGUUUAUCUAGCAGAGAAUUUCUUAAAAGUAGAACAAAUUAUCAAUUGCAUUCUAUUUGUAUGGAUAUAUUUCCUAAUGAUGUGAAGCUUCAUUCUGCACUUGAAGGAUCUAAUCAAAUUAUUGAUUUAUAUAAAUCUGUCUAUUCAUCAAUAGAGACAAUUCAUAAAUCUAUUUGUAGGAAUUUUUAUGAAGCUUUAGGAGUUUUAAAAUUACUAUUUCAUUUACAGGUACUACCAUUAACAAGAGAAUUAACAAAUAUAGCAGGAUUUCUUUGGUCUAAGAGUUUACUUAACCUUCGAGCUGAGCGUAAUGAAUAUCUCUUAUUACAUGAAUUCCACCAAGCUAAAUUUGUUACUCCAGAUAAAAUUACUAAGAUUUCAUCUUAUAACAAGAGCCAGUCUCAAAGACUUCAUGAAGAUACAGAUACUCCAGAAGCAGAGGAUGAAAUAUCAUAUACAGGGGGGCUUGUACUUGAACCUCUUAUAGGUUUAUAUGACAGAUUUGUAAUUCUUCUAGAUUUUAACUCUUUAUAUCCUUCUAUCAUCCAAGAAUUUAAUAUAUGUUUUACUAAGAGAAAUAUUGGAAAAAUAAGCAAUAUUGAUGAUAUAACAAAGAAAAGUCAGGAAGUAAGUAAUCUAAACUCAGAAGCAGAAAUAUAUUCAGAUGAAAAUAUUUUUGAGUAUCAGGGAGAUAUUAAAGAUUCACUAAUGAAUAACUUUGGGACCUUAAAAUUUGAUAAAAUUAUUUUACCAGGUAUUCUAGAAAGUCUUGUUAGAAGAAGAAAACAUAUCAAGGAUAUUUUAAAGAAUUUAAAUAGUACAAGUCCAUCCAGGAGAUUACAAUUGGAAAUAAGACAAUUAGCUUUGAAACUUACAGCUAACUCACUUUAUGGUUGUCUCGGAUACAAAAAUUCAAGGUUUUAUGCAAGGGAUUUGGCUUCAACAAUUACACUAUAUGGUCGCCAAAUUCUCCAAAGUGCUAAAAAUAAAGUUGAAGAUGAACUUAAAUUACAAGUUAUAUAUGGGGAUACUGAUAGUAUAAUGGUAAAUACAGGCAUACUGGAUGAGGGGGAUGGAUAUGGCUAUCAACAAGUUUUGAAAUUGGCAAAUCAGAUAAAACAGUCAAUUAAUAAGGACUAUAAAAAACUUGAAAUAGAUCUUGAUGAUGUUUUACAACGUCUACUUCUUCUUAAGAAAAAGAAGUAUGCCUGUGUAAAGGUAUUAGAUUAUUAUAAAAGACAAUUUAAACUAGAAUAUAAAGGUUUAGAUUUAGUUCGGAGAGAUUGGUCAAAAUUAACUAGGGAUAUAUCGAAAGCUAUAUUAAAUUCAAUAUUUUCAAACAAGCCAAUUGAAGAAGUAAUUUUAGAUAUCUUAACACUGUUAGAGGAUCUUAAUGAAAAAUUAAAUAAUAAAACAAUUGAAGCUGAUUAUUUCAUAAUUACUAAAGCAUUAAAUAAACUUCCUCAAUAUUAUUCAGAUCCCUUUCAACUACCUCACGUUAUUGUAGCUAAAAGAUUGAUUAAUUCUGGACAUCCUAUUAGACCAGGGACUGAGAUAUCAUAUAUUAUAUGUAUGGAAGAACUUCCAAAUCUUGAGAUUAGCCAGAAUUCUAAUAAACCUCAAUCAGGAUCAUCUUUAGGGAGAAGGGCAUACUCUUUAGAUGAAGUUAAACAACAAAAUUUAGAAAUUGAUAUUGAAUGGUAUAAGAGCCAACAAUUACUGCCUCCAAUAUCACGUCUUUGUGCCCCAAUUCCUGGUUUAGAAAUAUAUAGAUUAGCUUCUUGCUUAGGUUUAGACUCCAAGUAUUUUUAUGAAAUUGUUCAUAAAGAAGAAAAUGAUCAACACCAAGAUCCAUUCCUUCCUUUCCAAUGGAAAAAAUCUCCUGAAAAUUAUGAUUCAGUUCCAAUAUUGGCUUCUUUACCUUGUUUAUUCUGUCGUAAGAAUGGUAAUGACGAGUCACAAAUGAUCAUUAAUUGCCUAAAAGAAAAUUUAUGGACUUGUAAUGUUUGUUCAAAUAAAUAUCCACUGGAAUAUCUCACAAACUGGUUAAAUAAUCACCUUAGAUCACUCACUUUAGGUUGUUAUUCUGCAUUUUGUGGAACUUGUAAAGAGUGCAACAUUUCUACUAGACGUAUACUAUUAAGUAAUGGAUAUAACUGUCCACAGUUGCAUUGCAAGUCUAAGAAUUCUCUAAACUGUGAAGUAUCUCCUCAUAGAAUCUGGCUAUAUUUAGAUCAUUGGCUGUACUGGUUAAAUUUGAAUAUUUUAAAUAAUUCAAAGACAACUUCUAAUUCUCUUGUAAAUAAUCAUGAAUAUACAAAUUCUUACCUAAAAGAUAUUAUAAACAAAUUUAUGAAUAUGAAUAGAUAUAACAAUAUUCCUGUUUAUGAUAUAUUUCAGAUAGUUUUGAAUAAGAGAAAAUAUACUAAUAGAUCUUAUAAUUUUGAGGAGCAAAGUCAAUAUUUAACGAAAUUGUGGAGUAUUAGUCAAAUUCCGGAUAUUAGCACUUCAAACUAA